CCCUAGGACGUGCCGCUGCAGGUUGGGUGGUGGAAAUCCCCGGAGCCCUUCGGCAGCAUCGUGCGCGUGAGGCUGGGGUGGAGGGGACCUGCUGGAUGCAGGGGGAGCACUGGGGUGAGCUGGGCUGGUGGGCGCGUGGUCCAGCACGAGGCUUGGCAGCAUCCAUUGACCUCCACUGCCUAUGGAGAGCCCAGCACAUGGGGUUGCCAGUAGGGUCUGGCCCCUGGAAAAAGGGCAUUUCCCCCCUGUUUUGCCCACGGCAAUGCCAGGGCUGUGGGCAGGGAGCGCCAGGGCUGUGGGCAGAGAGCACCAGUGCUGUGCCCAGCUGCGGGUCCUGGCUCUGUGCACUGGUGCUGGUGAGUGCGCGAGGAAGGAGAGGGAGAGGUGAAGGAAGAGGGGGGACCACAGCGGCAGGAGCAGAGCAGCUAGUGAGCCCUGACCUGCCCACCCCACCUACCCAGCGCCCAGUCCUGCUGCAGCUGUGCUGGUAUCCCUGGGUCCCACUGCGGUGACAAUGCCCCAGGUUGGCCCCAGGGGCACAUGGUGGGGCUGGGGUGCAGGCGAUGGUGGAGCCAUGAGGGCUGUGCAGUUGCGGAUGGGCUGGUGCUGUGAGUCAGCAGCGAAGUGGUAGCCAUGAUGCCCCGAGGAUGGGCUGGGCGCUGGUGGUGGAGGACCGGUGAUACCGGCGUGGGGUCUGCAUGUGGGAACCCCAGAGGGUGUGGGUGUGUGGCGGGUGCUUUUGCCCAGGUGCUGGUCCUUACCUUUUGUUGGCAAUUAAUGGCCCAGGACAAGGAAGGGCUGGGGCUGGAGGUCUCCAGUGAGCGGCUCUCACGGGGCUGUGCCAGGCACUGCAGCUUGCAGGGGGAACCCCUGCCAAUGCUGGGACUGUUCAAAAGCCACCCUGGUGUCCAGCUUCCUGCAAGCCAGAUAUGGUCCCUGGCCCCAGGAUGGGGUGGCCCUGGGCCACGACACCGUGGCAGAGAGAAGGCUCCCAUGGGGACAAGGGUGGCUUGGGAGGGCACCCAGCCAUGCCAAGGCAUGCAGGGAUGAGCGCAAUAGUGCGGGGAGCCCGGGGCUGAGCCUCGUGUCUCUUGUCACCGCCCUGAUGUGCCAACGUCCUCAACCUGGGGCUGAAUUGGGGAGGAUCAGUGCAAAGAGAGAGGGGACGUGAGCCAAGUUUGGGGCACCGGGCAGGUCCUGCCUGCUCCCAGGGAGCAGCUGGGCUGCAGACACCAUCCUGGAUGAUGCCCACAGAGUGGGGAACAGUGCUGGACUACCCCUCUGGGCUCCAUGCAUGCCGCCCUGUUGGCUUCCUCCAAGACCCACAUGGCCACCGCUGCUGUGACGGUUGGCGUUGCACCCUGGGCUGGUGUAAAUCAGCAUAGCUCCAGCACAAUCACGGGGAGCAACACGCUCCAGCUCGCCCUGCUCCCUGCCACCGACGAGGCAGGAAAGGGCCAAGGCCGAACAAGGUGAUGCUGUUUCCGUCCCUGCCUGCCUGCAUCCUGCCUGUGACGUGGACACCAGACCCCGUGACGGGGACCAUCCUGUUGGGUUCAUCCAUAGGAAGGAACUUACUGGCUUGGGGAAGCUUCGGGACCGUGGAGAGAGGAGGGGGACCCCAAACAUCAGCAGGCAGGCAGGAUUGGACCUUGGGGUGACCGCAGGCAGUGAUGGCAGAAUGCACGGAGCUGGAAUGGGCCGUCCAGGUGCUGGUGAACAAUUUUGACAAGUACUCAAGCCGCCGCUGCUGCUGCAAGAAGCCACGGCGCAUCAGCAAGAAGGAUUUCCGCAAGAUGCUGAGCUGUGAGCUCAACCACAUGCUGACGGACACUGGGAACCGUCGAGCGGCCGACAAACUCAUCUGCGACCUGGACGAGAACAAAGACGGGCGCAUCAGCUUUGAGGAGUACUGGACCUUGAUAGGCGGCAUCGCAAGCCCCAUCGCCCAAAUCAUCCGCCAGCAGGAGCAGAGCGUCAAGCACACCAAGUAGCCGGCUGCAUCUGGACCCUCCCCAGGCUCAGCCUGACGGGCUCACCCCCUGCUUCUCCAUGGCUCCCCGCUUCUUGCCUCUCCCGCUGCCGAGCCGUGCCCCGAGCCCCAGCUUGCCCUGGGGCACCCCAGUCUCCCACAGCUUUGCCGACUGAGCCAUGCCAGAGUGUGAUCAGGGCAGGAAGAUCCUGUGGGUGGGAGCUGAGGGGUGCAAGGCCACCACAGCCUUGGGGCGGUCCUCCUUACCCCACGCCAUGCCAUCCCUGCCAUCGCGCUCUUCUGCAAGCCUUGUCCUUGCUGGGCUGCUGGGCAAGAAGCAAAGGGAGAGGCUUCCCCUCAUCUAGGACAUGAAUUCUGUCUGUUCUCAGACCUCUGGGGUGCAGCCCUGCUGGCAGAAACCCCAUUAUGACCGGGACCCCCUCUCCCAUUGGAGGUCCCCCCUCAAAGUCAGGGGUCUUCUUGGGAAAAGCGUGCCUUUCCCCCUGCCCAAGCUGGUGAAGGGUCUGCCCUGCCUGUGCUGCCUGGUGCUCUGGUCCUUUGGGCUCGGGGAGUGGCGCGGUCCCAUCUGGGCAACACCACAGUGGUUAUUUAUUGCAGCAAUAAAGUUUGGAGGAGCA